AUGGCCAUGUUAGCCUCCCAGUCGCCAUAUCCAGCGAAUCUAUCGUCGGCGGGCAUCCAGCAGUCCUCGAUGCCAACGUCCGCUGGUCUAACUGGCCGGAGAGUCUUGGUCGUCCCCCCAAGCAACCAGACAUCUUUUAGCCCAACGGAAUCCGAGUUCUCGGAUUCCAUUGACGACCCCGACUCUGCAAAGCAUUGGGAUGAGGAGCGUGUCUGCGACUGGCUGCAUACAAUCAACUGCGGCGCCUAUGAGAAGCUGUUCAAGAAGAAUAAUAUUAAUGGAGAGAACCUGCUGGAGAUGGACAAGGCCGUCCUGCAAGAAAUGGGCAUCGACAAGAUUGGCGACCGUGUGCGCUUGUUCGUGAGCAUCAAGAAACUCAGGACGAAGGCAUAUGCCAAUCAGAAGAAGAGGAAUAGAGACUCAUUUGCUAGUCUCCAGAGUAGCCUCCUAUAUACGCCUGCGUCAUCUGCCUCGCCCAGACCUCCCACCUCAGCCAACCGUGCUGCAACAAAUAAUAAACGAUUCUCGAGACAGUACGACUCUUACAAUCUUGGUAGCCUAACGCCUGAAAUUUCCUCAAAGUCAAGCUCCCGUCCUAACUCCCCACUGCCGGAAGAAGCGCGAGUUAUCCGCCAACAACGGUACAAUGCGAUUAGCCCACAAGAUAUACGAAGAGACCAAGGCCAAGGAUACUUCCCGGCCACAUCUGCGAUAUCUUCUCAGUCCGCUCGGCACCCGGGCACUCCUCUCGACAGGGACCAGCCGCAGACAGCCCGCCUCAUCGGACACCACACUCGCGGAGCUGGCAGCAUAGAUGGGUCGUUAAUGUCGUCGUUACCAGAAGAUCAGGAUAUGAUUCGCGUCAUUGCCAAGGAUGGCUUGACCAAGGUCGUCAAAGUGACAGAUUGCAAGACAAUCGACGAGGUGAUGAGGUUGACCCUGCGGAAGUUCACCUAUCGGGAGGACCAUGAAAGGAAUUACUGUUUCUGGACCCUGGCUGGCCUCGAACCAGAUCCAGCAGCAUGUCGUCGACUCUUCGAACCAGAAUUAUGGCGUAUUAUUAGGGACUCGAAAAGACCGGAACGAAACCGUCUGAUUCUGCGCAAGAUCCACGCUGGAGAGCCUUCUGAAACGGAACUCCAACGCGCGGCGGAUAUCGCCAUGGAAGAGUCGGCCCAGUUACGUUCUCGGGCACUGGAAGGCACUGGCAAGCGGAGCCAGGUGAAGGCGCAGAAGAUCCUUGGAGAGCAGUGGGGUACUGGCCUACAAUAUCCUCUUUCUCCCUCCUCGUUCACGUCGAAUGUUUCCGCUGAGGAGCGUGAGCGAAAUGUCCACAACGCAGCCAAGGAUCUGGAACGACCACCUCCAGCGGAUGCUGCUCCUGUAAAAAGGAGGCAGGGACGGGGAAAGAACGAUGUGCUCCGACAAUUCUUUGGACAGAGGCCUCCCAGUGAGCUCAUCACAUCUGAUUUGACUACUUACUUCCCGAACCAUGCCAAGGAGGAGAUUGAUAAGACAGCCCGGUUAUCACUACGAAGAUCGAAGCGUCUCAGCAGAGUCAACAGCCGGCUGUCUGUAGCCAGCAACCUCAGCUUUGCAUCGAGUAUGAAGGAUGCACCUCCUAUGCCUCGCAUAGAAGAUACUUGGCUCCAGACCGGCCCCUCUGGCCCGAAACUGCGUGUGCUCGACCGCGGACACUCGGUAUACCGCGACUCGGUCUCUUCGUCAGUGUUGGAGCCACUCCAAGAGGAAUCGGCCAGCGAGCCCAACAGAAAAUCAUACGUCUCAUUUGACAGCGGCUCCGACACGCAUGUCAACAUCACCGAUCCGGAUGGACGCACUACGAGCAGCUACUUCGAAGAUGGUAGCACCGAAGCCGGCUCGCUGCGCGAAAUCAGCGAGGCACUCAAUGAAGAUGGUGAGGAGGCUGAUGAUGACUUGCAGAGUUUCUUGGCUGGUGACUCGUGGGAUGACAGCAAGUGGAUGAAGGGUGCUCUUAUCGGCCAGGGUUCCUUCGGCAGCGUCUAUCUCGCGCUCCACACCGUGACGGGAGAGCUUCUGGCUGUCAAGCAAGUCCAGUCGCUAUCUGCAGGUGUUGCCAGUGCCAACGACCAGAAGAAGAAGAGCAUGAUCGACGCCCUGAAGCGCGAGAUCGGCCUUCUCCGCGAGCUCCAGCACCCAAACAUCGUGCAAUACCUGGGCUGCAGUUCCUCCGCCGACUCGCUCAACAUUUUCCUCGAGUACGUCCCCGGCGGAUCCGUGCAGACGAUGCUGAACUCGUACGGCGCCCUCCGCGAGCCGCUCGUGCGCAGCUUCGUGCGCCAGAUCGUCACGGGGCUCGCCUACCUCCACGGCCGCGACAUCGUGCACCGCGAUAUCAAGGGCGCCAAUAUCCUGGUCGACAACAAGGGCGGGAUCAAGAUCUCGGAUUUUGGCAUCUCGAAGAAGAUGGAAGCUUCGAAUGUGCUCGGCGGCGCGGGGAACAGCAAGAACCGCCCCUCGCUACAGGGAUCGGUGUUCUGGAUGGCGCCGGAGGUCGUCAAGCAGACCAAGUACACGCGCAAGUCGGAUGUGUGGUCGCUCGGGUGUCUGGUCAUUGAGAUGAUGACGGGCAGCCAUCCGUACCCGGACUGCUCGCAGCUGCAGGCCAUCUUCAAGAUUGGGGGGAGCAAGGCGCGGCCGACGAUUCCGGAGGCGGCGAGUGAUGAGGCGAAGCGCUUCUUGGAUCAGACGUUUGAGAUUGAUGAUCGUGAUCGUCCGGAUGCGGAUGAGUUGCUGUUGAAUCCGUUUUUGAAUCCUUGUACGUAG